AUGCGUGCAGGUUCUUAUAUUGAUUUACCCCUUGCUAUUAAAAAGAAACAUGCUUGUGUCAACAUUCAGAACACAGAUAAUAAAUGUUUUAAAUGGGCCAUAUUAUCAGCUUUGUAUGAACCAAUAAGAGAUUCAAAUCGCGUUUCAAAGUAUAUCCAAUAUGAGAAUGAACUAAAUUUCACAGGAAUUGAGUUCCCUGUUUCUCUCAAAGAUAUUUCAAAAUUUGAGGCUCUAAAUAAUAUCUCAAUCAACGUGUACGGACUUUCAAGGAAAAAUAAGAAUUUUAAUGUCUACCUAUUACAUCUUACCUCACAGAAAAAGGUUUGCCACUUAAACCUUUUGCGAAUUGAAGACCAUUACAUAGAUGAGGAUGAUGAUGAUAAUGAUGAAUUACCUAUCAUCUCUUUCAACUACCACUAUGUCUGGAUAAAAGACUUAUCAAAACUUGUUGGUUCACAAUUGUCGAAGAAAAAAAGUAAAAAGUACAUCUGUGACCGUUGUCUUCAUUACUUUGGAGAUGAAUUGAAACUCACUGAACAUGAAGAAACAUGCAGAAAAAUGAAUGAUACUAGAAUUAGGCUACCACAACAAGGUAAAAAUUUUGUUGAAUUCAAAAAUUUUCAAAACAAGGAACGUGUACCUUUCAUUAUUUAUGCUGACUGUGAAAGCCUUUUGAUUCCUGCUGAAAAACAACAAGAGCCAAGCAACACCGAGGUCUUUCAAAAUCAUAAAUUGCUUAGUAUUGGAUACUACUUAAAGUGUGGUUUUAAUAACUCGUUGUCUUUAUACAAAGCGUCUCCAAAAGAUGAAGAAAAUCCCGCCCUAUGGUUUUCUAAAGAGUUGAAAAACUUGCAAGAAAAUCUAGAGCCUAUAUUUAAAAAUUUUAAGCCAAUGCAACCACUAACUCUAGAACAAUUGACAGAUUUUAGAAAUGACAAUACAUGUCAUAUUUGCAAUAAGAAAAUCGCGAAUGGGGAUGUAAAAGUAAGAGAUCAUAAUCAUCUAACUGGGGAAUAUCGGGGCGCCGCGCAUCAAGAUUGUAAUGUAAACUACCACGAAUCACCGACCAUACCUGUUGUUUUUCACAACCUCAGUGGUUGUGACGCGCACUUCAUUAUUGAAAGUAUUGCUACUGAAUUUGAAGGAAAAGUUGAUCUGCUUCCAAUAAACAAAGAAAAGUAUAUCAGCUUUACUAAAAAUAUUAAAGGUAGUAUUAUCAACUUUCGAUUUAUUGAUUCUUUCAAAUUUAUGGCAUCAUCAUUGGACAAAUUAGCUUCCUAUCUCGACGAAUACAAAAUUGUGCUAUUGUACUUUGAUAUGAGCGUAGGUAAAAGAUUUAUUCAUUUGUAA